ACAACGGCCCCUGCCUCGGCUGGAGAGAAGGCCCCGGCAAACCGUACCAAUGGCUGCACUACAACGAGGCACUCCUUCGGGCCAAGAACUUCGGCGCGGGUCUCGUCGCCAGCGGCCUGCCUUCGGGACCCGAGACCUUCGUCGGUAUCUACUCCCAGAACUGCCCCGAGUGGAUCCUGACUGAACAGGGACUCUACUGCCAGUCCAUGGUGAUCGUCCCGCUGUACGACACGUUGGGACCCGAGGCCUGCAACUUCAUCAUCAACCAAGCCUCCAUCACGACCGUAGUUUGCCAAGACGACCGCAAGAUGAGCCAGCUCCUCCAAGCGCCUCCCAAAUGCCUCAAGAUGCUCGUGGCCAUGAAGGACGUGACCACAGAGACCGCCGAGAGAGCCAAGAAGCUCGGGAUCACCAUCAAGUUCUUCGAGCAGAUAGAGAGCCUCGGGGCAGCCAGCGACAUACCCGAGUUGCCACCACAACCGGACGAUCUCUGCACGAUCUGUUAUACGUCUGGCACCACCGGCCAUCCCAAGGGAGUAAUGCUGUCUCACGAAAACGUUGUUGCAGACGUGUCGGCCACGCUUUUGCAACUUGCAGAACACAAACCACAUAAGAGCGACGUGAUGAUCUCGUUCCUGCCUUUGGCCCACAUGCUCGAGCGCUGCUGCGAGGUGGCCGUGUACAUUGCCGGGGGCGCCGUCGGGUUCUUCUCGGGCGACAUCCGCAACCUGGCCGACGACUACAAGGCGCUACGACCCACCAUCACCCCGUCGGUCCCUCGGCUGAUGAACAGGGUGUACGACAAGGUGACCACGUCGGUUAACGGGUCUUCCUUCAAGAAGCUCAUGCUGAAGAUGGCCAUCGCGAGCAAGAAGUCCGAUUUGGAGAGGGGUGUGGUUAGAAGAUCGUCGAUCUGGGACAAGCUGGUGUUCAAGAAGGUCCAAGACGGGAUGGGGGGACGACUCCGGCUCCUGGUCGUCGGCUCUGCUCCUCUGGCUGGCAACGUCCUCACCUUCAUGAGAGUCGCGCUGGGCUGUGUGAUAGUAGAAGGCUAUGGACAGACAGAAUGUGGUGCCCCAUCAACGCUUACUAUCCAAGGAGACUACCGACCCGACCACGUAGGCCCACCAAUCGCCUGUAACGCCAUUAAACUGGUUGAUGUACCCGACAUGGAUUACUACGCUGCUCAAGGACAAGGUGAAGUGUGCAUCAAAGGCUCCAACGUAUUCAAAGGAUACUUCAAGGAUCCCGAGAAGACCAAGGAGGCGGUGGAUGCUGGAGGAUGGCUUCACACAGGAGACAUUGGCCAGUGGCUGCCGAGUGGGACGCUGAAGAUCAUCGACCGUAAGAAACACAUCUUCAAGCUGUCCCAGGGUGAGUACAUCGCCCCCGAGAAGAUCGAAAAUAUAUACGUGAGAUCGCAGUAUGUCGCGCAGGUGUUCGUCCAUGGAGAGAGUUUGAAGUCUUGCGUCGUAGCCAUCAUCGUGCCGGAAGUGGAAGCCGUGAAGAACUGGGCGAGGGAGCAGGAGAUCCCGGGCACGCUCUCGGUCCUGUGCGCCAACCCCCACGUGAAACAGCUGAUCAUGGAUGAUAUCGUGAACCUCGGCAAACAGGCUGGGCUCAAGUCUUUCGAACAGGUGAAGGACAUCUACCUCCACCCCGACCUCUUCAGCGUCCAGAACGGCCUCCUCACCCCAACCUUGAAAUCGAAGCGACCUCAACUCAAAAAGUAUUUCACACCCCAAAUCGACGACAUGUAUGCUAAGCUCGCCUAAAAUAAAAUUCAAAGACUCAGUAUGUGAAAGAGAGUUAGACAUAUGGUUAAGAGUGUGACUGGGAGGAUGAAUAUAUAUACGAAAAAAAAGAAGAUAAAAACAAGAACGGUGUCUCUUGUACUGGGUGUUCAGUGUGCGUGUAUAUAUGAGUCUGGAACUAUUUGACUUGUGCCUCAAUAUUGUUCUUUCUAUCCAAGGGAACUAUAGAUGACUACUUAAUUAGAAGUGAGUUUCGAAUGAUCCUCUAGAUAAUUUAGAUAACUUGAUUGCGUAUGACGGCGGCCGACAUUGAUAAGGAUAAUAUGAAAAAAAGGAAUUUAAUAUCAUCUUUAUUGUGUCUACAUAGACAGCAUCACAGUGGUCGUGGUUAUAUAGCUUGUAAUAUAUACUGUUUUUUGGCACCUUCUCUGUAUAAUUUGGCUAAUGGAGAUAGAAAUCUUUGUUCCUCAAAAAUGCAUAUGCAGUGAAAGUUUGUAAUAAAAAAAUAUAUUAAUAGCCAGAAGUGAUUCAUCUUUUAUCUAUUAGAGACUGAGGAAAAAAUGUUUGAUAAAAGAUAAAGAAACUUUAUUGUGAUUUUAAAAAUAUAUCGGUGCAUUGUCAGUGCAAUUACAGAGGGAUUGGAUUCCCCUCAGUUUAUACUAUAGCAAGCAUUAUUUAUAAAGUUGAUUUUUGUUUAAGUUUAUGAUGCGAAUGUGCUUAUUGGACCUUCAUUUCCGAUGAAUAGAUUACUAGGUUUUAGAUGUACAGUGCAUCUAGUUUUGUAUU